AUGGAAGCAAACAAUGCCAGACAUACGCAGCUACCCAACGCCACGCCCCUGGAGACCGUCCAUUCAGGUUCUAAAACCGACAAUUCACCUUCGGCAGCUGAAAACUCACUGGAAGCUGGUAGCCCAGUGUCGGAAGUCGAUGAUUCAAUUUUGAAACUCGACAAUGCAAUUUCACCGGAGGCACUGUUGGCCGCAAGCGAGCACGAGGUCGUCGACUUCCUGGCCAAAUGCCACGUCCAAGGCCGGCACUUUGACAUCUCCAGCAUUGUCGGUUUGAAGGAACUAUCUGUAGAAAAGAAAAACAUGAUUGCGGAUAAAAUCAACGCUGCCACUCCAAAGGUGCAUCCUCUUAAAGCCGACGAUCUCAAUUCUCUGCUGGGGAAACUGGAACAACAGUAUGAAAAGGAACAGCAACAUGUUCUGGAACCCACUGAAUCUCCCGGAUCAGGGAGCUCGCAUCCAGAAGUGGUUGCCAUGGAGCUAGAGGCCGAGGCCCGCGCGAGCCUCCUCCAGGCUGGCGGCAUGCCGGCCCUGCAAAUUAACGACAUCGGCUUUCCAGGGGACAUGACCCGGGAGCAUCGCCGCAGGGCAGCAAUGUGGCUAGAGAUGCCCAAAAAGGGCCAUCUGGCCUACAACGAGGUGUUGCCAGUAUUCUCGACACAGCUAGAGCACUGGAAGGCCUUUCAGCAGUACUGGCAGUGGGGUAACCGCGGAGAAGCCGGUCGUGAAAAAGGGCUGUCCCUUUUCCUCGCAUCAAUGAUGAGGGAGAAUUCCGGCUUCCGGGGUGACGAUCUUGAUGCGGAGAGUGCGGCCUGGUAUAACAAAGUGCAUCGAGAACGUUGGCAGCGCGACCAGCCACGGUACACGGCAUCGCAUACGAACACGGAGACCUUGGCGUCGUACGCCGAGGCGAUGGAGAAUCGACUCAAAUCCCACAACUUCACACGCCCUUAUCGCCUCUUGGAGGACCCGCGCGAACAAGAUACGUGGACGACGGCUAUCGAGUACCUCAACUUCAACUACUGGGAGGCCGAACGAGACACGGCCCGUAUGAAGGCCGCGGAACCGAAGUAUCGGCGAGCCAUGGAUAGCCUGCUCGACUACACUGGGUAUGCUGUGGCGUGGUUCGAAAGGGACGCGGCCAAGGCACUGCCAACGCAGCUCCAAGAGGCGGAGGACGCCUGGCGGGCGCUGUACGAUAAGAUCAAGUCAUUUCGAGAGGGCGCGAGAGCGUACCUCGUGCACGAAGCGAAUCUGCGCCGCGAUCAGCGGAGGUCAGAGUGGGUGCUGGAAGAGCUUGCUUCGAUCGAGAAGGGCGUCGGCCCCUCCGAAAAAGAUGAACUUGUUUCGAUUGAGAAAGGCGUCGCCUCCUCCGAAAAAGAGAAAGUCACUUCGAUUAAGAAGGGCCGAGCAACCUCUUCCACAAAAGAAGGGCUUGACUCGAUUGACAAGGGUGCCGCCGUCUCGAGUAAAGAGGAGCCUGCUUCUCUUGAAAAGGGCGCCGCAGCCUCUAUCAAAGAGGAGCAGGAUCGUGAAGGACCUUGCCCGGCUAACGCCGAAGACGAGCAUCAAGAAAGCACACACGCAAGUACAAUUGCAACCAACAGCGGCAAGGUCAAGGGAGCGCGUGGGAAUAGCAAGCAGCAGCUUAACAAGCGCAAAAGAAACGAGGGGGCUGCAGGCUCUGGGAAGGACAGCGCGCAAGAUACGGAGGUGGCAGCAGUGCCGCCGGCUAGGGUCUCACGCGCCCACAGUAGCAGGAGUUCCGCACCAUCGACGAAAGCACCUGCAGCAGAGGCCACUUCAGAGCCAACGACGGCGACGUCAGCGGCCGCAGCUCCAAAACGAACGCUCCGUGGAAGACGACAGAGCCCGGAUCGUGGUGACGAUGAUGCGCAAGCCGGUGCCGCCGAUGGCGCUGGUACUGAAUCCACCACACGUUCAGCACAGAAGGGGAAGCAAAGUAAGAGACCAAAGACGGUCAGGUAA